UGCUAUUUGGAUGAUUUGCAGGGAUUGACGUCUACCUGGAACCUGUGAGCAGAACAAUGAAGCUCUACCUACUGCUGACAUUUCUGGUGGAGCUGAUGUGUGUCGAUGGGGCAAACGUGACACAGUCUCCUGCAGUCAUAGCCACAAGUAAGCCAGGAAUAUGUCCGGUGCUGGGUGAUUUUACGCUGGAGAUUUGCUUCAAAAAAUGCAACAAUGACUUUGAAUGUGAUGGCGUUCGCAAAUGUUGUAAGACCUCGUGUAAUGGAUUUCAGUGCCAAAUCCCAGACGAAAAACCAGGCGCUUGCCCUCCUUUUCAGAAUAUCAAUGGGACAACAUGUGACCCAAGCGUUCAUUGCACCUCUGAUAACAAAUGUGAGGGGGAACAGAAGUGCUGUCCUGACGGAUGCAAUCGCACAUCAUGCCAGAACCCAGUAUGAAAUACACAAUGGAAGAAACAAAGAACAGAUUAAGGAUGAAGAACUGCAGAACCACCUUUCUUUUCUAGAGACUUGCAAAUGAACAUUUCUGACUAAUUCUACCCCACCAGGGCCUAUAUUUACUUUCCUACAUCUCUUGUACAUUGUAAUUUAAGAAUAUUAAAAGAAGACUUGGUUUACCCCACGGAGUAGAAUCCAACAAUACUGACGACAUUCU